CUGGUGCUACGCGGCGCGGGGCUCCUCCUCCCUCCUCUGCAGCGAGGCGAGGGGCGCCGAGGGUUGCCCGGCGGGCGGGCGGGAAGGCAGGCAGGCAGGCAGGCAGCGGAGGCGCCGCUUUGUUCGCUCCCCGCCCGGCUUGCGCCGCGGGGCCGCCCGGAGGAUGAGGCGGUGAGGAGGACGGCGGCGAGGACGGCGGCCAGCAGGAGCCAGCGGCGGCUGCGGCAGCAGCAGCGGCAGCGGCGGCGCGAGGAGGAGGCGAGGGAGCAGCAGGAGGACGCCUCGGCGGAGCAGCAGCAGCAGCCGCAGGGGCCGCCCCCCGCCCGGCUGGGGAGCCGCAGAGGCUGCAGGGAACAAUGCUGCACGGAGGCUGCCAGGAACAGUUCCGCAGUUUCAAUCAGCCAUUGGGAGAGUGGCUGGCGCUGGUGGAAAAGCAGCGGGAACAAGCAGGAUGAUGAAGUCUUCUUUGCAUGCAGAAGAGGAUGAUUUUGUGCCGGAGCUUCAGAGAAGCAUUCAUCCCCGUGAAAGACCAGACUGGGAAGAGACACUCAGUGCAAUGGCAAGAGGAGCCGACAUCCCGGAGAUUUCAGGAGAACUACCCUUGCGGACUUGUGGCAGCACAGCUAGUAUGAAAGUGAAGAAUGUGAAAAAAUCUACCAACUCAGGACUGAUGGGCUGUGAUUCUUUUCACAGAUUAUCCUUUACCAAGGGCCACUUCCCAAAGAUGGCGGAAUGUGCACACUUCCAUUAUGAAAAUGUGGACUUUGGCAAUAUACAGCUUUCGCUCCCAGAGGAACAGAAUGAAGUAACAAGAAAUGGCUGUGAAUCGAAGGAACUCGUCUACCUUGUACAAAUUGCUUGUCAGGGCAAGAGCUGGAUUGUGAAGCGGAGUUAUGAAGAUUUCAGAGUGCUGGAUAAGCACCUUCACCUGUGCAUUUAUGACCGGCGUUUCUCCCAGCUUUCAGAGCUACCCCGUUCUGAUGCCUUGAAGGACAGUCCAGAGCUUGUCACCCAGAUGCUGAUGGCUUACCUGUCACGACUGUCAGCAAUUGCCGGCAACAAGAUUAACUGUGGCCCUGCCCUCACAUGGAUGGAGAUUGAUAACAAAGGGAAUCAUCUGCUGGUCCACGAGGAGUCGUCCAUUAACGUCCCUGCCAUUGCGGCUGCCCAUGUGAUUAAGAGAUACAUUGCUCAGGCAGCAGAUGAGCUGUCCUUUGAGGUGGGAGAUAUUGUGUCUGUCAUCGACAUGCCUCCAAAAGAAUUGACCACUUGGUGGAGAGGGAAGCAUGGAUUUCAGGUGGGGUUCUUUCCUAGCGAAUGUGUGGAACUAAUUAAUGACAAAGUUCCUCAGUCUAUGACCAAUUCUGUGCCAAAGCCAGUCUCCCCUGCUCACGGAGCCCGUCCAGCAUCCUGGAGCUACUUCCCCCCUUAUUUGGAGAUGGAUAGUGUAAAGCCGGGUUCAGCAUGUGUUUCAGAGACUCUGAACCAAUCCCAGCUGAGCUCAGUGUCCAAAAAACACGGCAAGCUUAUAACUUUCCUCCGCACAUUCAUGAAGUCUCGGCCAACCAAACAGAAACUGAAGCAACGCGGGAUCCUUAAGGAGAGGGUGUUUGGCUGCGACCUUGGAGAACAUCUUCUCAACUCUGGCCAUGAUGUUCCCCAGGUCCUCAAGAGUUGCACUGAAUUCAUCGAAAAGCAUGGCAUUGUGGAUGGAAUAUACCGUCUGUCUGGGAUUGCGUCCAAUAUUCAGAAGCUACGACACGAGUUUGACUCUGAACAAAUCCCUGACUUGACAAAAGAUGUCUACAUUCAAGAUAUACAUUGUGUGGGUUCACUCUGUAAGCUGUAUUUCCGAGAACUCCCAAACCCACUGCUCACCUAUCAGCUCUAUGAGAAAUUUUCGGAUGCUGUAUCUGCUGCUACGGAUGAAGAGCGGUUGGUUAAAAUUCAUGAUGUCAUCCAGCAAUUGCCCCCACCUCACUACAGGACACUGGAGUUCCUUAUGAGGCACCUGUCUCAUCUUGCCGAUUACUGCACCAUCACAAACAUGCACACAAAGAACUUGGCAAUUGUCUGGGCACCAAACCUUUUGAGGUCAAAGCAGAUAGAAUCUGCCUGUUUCAGCGGAACAGCGGCUUUUAUGGAGGUGCGGAUUCAGUCGGUGGUGGUGGAAUUCAUCCUCAACCAUGUGGACGUCCUCUUCAGCUCCAAGCUCAGCUCUGUGAUUCGAGAGAGCGCAGGUCACAGUUCCUUAUCACGGCCAAAAUCCCUGCUGGUAUCUUCUCCCUCCACAAAACUGCUGACCUUGGAGGAAGCACAAGCACGGACGCAGGCCCAGAUCAAUUCCCCUAUCGUGGCAGACAGCAAGUACAUUGAAGUGGGCGAAGGUCCCGCUGCUCUGCAGGGGAAAUUCCACACCAUCAUAGACUUUCCAUCUGAAAGAAGGAGGCCGCCCAGUAAGAUGAAGAAAUCUCCAGUUGGCAGCUGGCGUUCGUUCUUUAACUUGGGGAAAUCCUCUUCCCUCUCCAAACGGAAGCUGCAGCGCAAUCCAAGCGAGCCCUCGGAAAUGAAAGCCAUCGCCCUGGCCGGAGGGCGAGGAGACAGUGGAACCCUGCGCUCAGCUAAGAGUGAAGAGUCUCUCUCGUCUUUACAUGCCAUAGAUGGUGAAUCGAAGCUGUUCCGGCCCAGGCGGCCAAGGUCCAGCAGUGACGCCUUGUCCACUUCCUUCAACGGGGACCUCUUGGGGAACAUGAACCGCUGCAACUCCUACGACAACCUGCCCCACGGCCACGAGAGCGAAGGGGACGAGGGGCACCUCCACGUGCCCGCUCUCAUCUCGCCGAGGUCGUCGGAAGACGUUGACCUGAGCCCGCCUGAGAUUGGUGUGGCCAGCCUGGAUUUCGACCCCAUGUCUUUUCAGUGCAGCCCGCCCAAAGCAGAGUCGGAGUGCCUCGACAGCAGCACCUCCCUGCUGGAGUCGGUCGACUUUAAUAAGGACAAGCAGAGCACCUGUCGGAAGGAGCUGGACUCGGGCAGCCGGUGCCAGACGCCUGGCAGUGCUACCAGCUCGGAGCCCGUCUCCCCCUACCAAGAGAAAACCAUGAGUCCCUUCUUCACUCUGGACUUGAGCCCAACUGAAGAGAAGCUGGCCAGAGCCCAGCCUUUCUCGGAGAAGGCCGCCCACCCCCUCUCCCCCAAGAUGGGGCAGAAGCCGGUCAGGUCUCCCCCGCUGAAUCUCUCUGAGCCCGUCUCCUUCACUCUGCCCAGCCAGAUGCCAGACGUUGUCAUUGGAGGAAUGUCAGGGAGUUCCUUGUCUUCAGACUGGACCAAAGGAAACAGUGGCCCCCGGGAACCCCCAAACAGGUCCUCCCCUCAGUUGGUGGUCUCGCCCUUGAAAGCCAGUGAAAUGAGGCCAGGUGAAGGGUAUCAGCAAGAGUCCCAGAGCCCAGGAGAUGCGAAGAAGACCGAGCUUCAAGAAGAGGUGGAACGCCCCCUGGCCAGCAGCAGCCAGAGUAAGCCUGUACUUUCUGGACAGACACAGCCAGGAGCCGCUGCCCUCGACUCCCCCCAGGAUCCUGUUCCCGUCAGUUCUGUCUCUGUUGUCCCUCCUCCUCCUCCAAAAAACGCAGCCCGCAUCCUAGCCUUAGCCCUGGCAGAGUCAGCCCAGCAAGCCUCUGUUCACUCCCAGAAGAAGCCAGAUGUCCAUUCCGACUGCACCGGCUACGCCGACGCGGAGUGCGGAGCAAGCCUAGAGCUGUUCCGUCCCUAUUCUGGCGUCCCGCCAGAGAAGCUUCACCUCUAUGCUGCUCUGCCAGAGAACCCGUUGAGUUUUCAGGCUGCUGUGCCUGGGGAUCACCCCAGAAGUGGCUUGCCUGUGGACCAGGGCCUCCAAAACAGUAGCAUGCCCGAGGGUAGCAGUUACCUACCUGUUGGCACACCUGGAACCCGGGACCACCCCCUGCUCUCUACCAACAUGCCAGAAGAGCUGCCUGGCUGCACCAACAUGGGCUGGGACCACACCCAUUACCAUCCUCAUUUGUUGGGAGACACACACCACCAUUCCCACUCAGUUGCAUCUGAGGAUCUUCCAAACCCACCUCCGCCUUGUGCUCAAGGUUCCGCUGAGCCCGAACCACCUGCAGCAGACACACCUGUAGAUAACCCUCACCUCCACGGUGACCUCUCUGUGGAUAAGAACCAACUCCAGGCCAACAAGCUGCGUUUUCCCGCCUGCACACUGGACGACCAGCCCCAGUUUCUUCCUGUAACGACUGGGGAGGAACCAGCCCCAACUGUUGGGGCGUACAUGACAACAAUUCCGUCGGCAGCAACCGAAACCAGCCCGGGAGUCUCCAGCCAGACUCCGCCUCCCCCGCCGCUGCCACCUGCCACAGUUGCUCCCAGCAGCACAUGGGGAGAGAUUGCACUCAUGACAGCUCAGCACGCUCUCGCGGCCAGUCACCCAGUCACAGCACCGAGACCAGGCGACCACCAGCCAGCCGUGGGACAAGCUCCAGCCAUUAAAACCCCGAGUGGCUUCAGUCAGGUACGAGGAGAGGCAACUCCUGAGAAACCGCCUGAACCUAGAUCAGCUGAAUCGGCGCCUAUUUUUGUAACGGAGGGCAGCGCCAUGAUCCAGUGCACCUCGGCCACCCCGGUAGCCACCAUCCACCAAGGCUAUUUGGAAAAACCCUGGGAAAAGGCUCCCCCUUUGCACCUGCGCUCCGAAUCGGUUCCAGCUCACUCCUCGUACGGAUUUACACCCCCAGUCCCACCGGUGAGAACGAUGGAGAGUAAAAUUGCGGCAGCCCUGCACUCAAACAGUGCAGAUACUGUGAAUCCUGCCAGUUACCAUUCCUUCCUGGCUUCAUCCACACUACCGUCAGCAGUGGAAAAUGCUCCUCCGCCACCGCCGCCACCUAAGCACAGCUCCCUUCAGUCUGCCUAUUUCUCUCACUCCACAUCAGAGAGCCCCCCUGAGCCCCCAAUGUCGGAGAACUACAUGCACCCCAAGCCUGCGUCCACCCACCAGUUUAGGGCCGAAAGCAUCCCCCCACACCUCUAUCACAGCAAAUCCGAGCAGCAUCCGGGCUACCCGUCGCUGUCGGAGACACCCACGUCUAUGGGGCCCAGAUACAGCGUGUACGCCACGCAAGGGAAGAGCGCCUCGGUGUAUCACUCCAAACCUCGCAGCCGGGUAGAGUACAUGUCCUCCAUGAGCCCUCCGAUGAGGAGCACUAGUUAUGCAGAGGAGACACCACCCUAUCCCUCCAUUCGGAGAGUGCACUCCUUGCACGUCACUGCUCCCGCAGCCAUCCGCUCGGUUCCCAUCUCCCGGACGGAAGUGCCUCCUGAUGAUGAACCUGUCUACUGCCCAAGGCCACUCUACCAGUAUAAGCCAUAUCAGCCCCAUGCAGAUUACCAUGUCACUCAGCUGCAGCCUUACUUUGAGAAUGGGCGUGUCCACUAUCGAUAUAGCCCCUACUCUAGCUCCUCCUCCAACUCUUCCUGCUACGCUACAGCAGACGGUGGAUUCUAUGACCUAGACUCCUACGGUACCAUGAGACUAAGGCAGUUCCAUCCUCUCCCAGGCAGAGAUUUUGCAUCUUACUCCCGACUGCAGACCAAGGGUCUGUAUCGUUAUCCUGGACUACCAUCGUACCCUCGGGGAGGCCACGCCGGGCACCUAGCAGGCAAAGAGCACAGCUUCAUCAGCAGGGACGUGCCCCCUGCUCCAGAUGUCAAGCCCAUGUACGUCUCCUGGGAUUUGGAGGACAUGGAAAAAUACCGCAUGCAGUCCAUCCGCCGAGAGAGCCGCGCACGCCAAAAAGUGAAAGGGCCCGUCAUGUCCCAGUACGACAACGUCGCUCCCUUGUUGUUGGACGAAUUACGGACCAUGGAUGUCAUUCACUUGCGCAGCAAAUCAGAUCCUGGGAAAACUGGCCUCCUCACUGUCGCCGAUGGGAAGGAAGGGAGGUACCCGGGAAAGGCAGGGACUCCCGAGAGCGAUGAGCGCUAUUAUGUGCCACAUCCUGAACCUGACGCCGACCGCCUGCAUUAUCAUGGGACGUCAGAGAAACCUUCCCUCCCGCAAAAGCAGAGCAGUCUCCGGAGCAGAAAGCCGCACGAGGUGGGUUGCAACGCGGCGGAGCACAGAACGCACCUGCCGCACGAAGUGAGCCAUCGGCAGCCUCCUGAAUCGAAAAACGGGCCCCCGUAUCCCGAUUACCGACCGAAGGCCCACCAGGAACUGCUGGACGCCGCCGGGUACCAGCACUCCUGCGGGAAAUAUCUCCCCGCCAGCCACGAUGCCUUGAGACUGAAUCACAAAGAGGCCAAGCUGGCAGAAGACCGGCCCGACACGGAGCGGCUCCGGGCCCGGCCAGCAGCUGCCCUGGAGAAGCACUCCAGAGACUGCUACAAAGAGGGCGAACACUACGGACAGGGCGCGGCGCCACCCCCCAAACCAGAAAGGAGCCACAGCCUUCGACUCCAGCACCCUGAAAGCACUGAGCGGGACCCUGGCCCCCUUUACCCGUACCAAACCCUGGGCAAGCGGCAGAGUACCAUGACUGUGGUGUCCCAGUAUGAUAAUUUGGAUGAUUACCAUACCCUGCCUCAGCACCCAAGGGGGGGCUAUGCUGGAGGCGGGGGGUGCGUGCCCCCCUUGGUUCAUCCACACAGUCGGACUUAUGCCACAGCCUUGGGUCAGGGGGCCUUCCUUCCCACAGAGCUCUGCCUGCAGAGGCCGGAGACUGAGAUCCAUGCGGAGUGAGCGGUGGGGAGAGGGGUGGGCAGGAGGGAUAGAGUGUGUAAGCAGCCUCUGCUGGACAGUGGACUGUUUUAUUUUUUCAAUGCGAUACAAAAAGAAAAAAGAAGAAGAAGAAGAAAACCAUCCAAGCGACUCCUGCCAUCGACCCUCCCCAUAGCUCCCCCCCCCCGCUUGCUGUCUUUUAUAUAGUAAAUGUAUAGUUUUCUCUCACGUCAUUUAAAGGUAGACUGGCACAAAUAUGCAGGCUUUUGUGAAUCCGAAUACACAACCGGUUGCCCUGGCAGAGCAGAAAUCAGGGUGGAGAGGUUGGGGUUGUGCUGUGAAUGGGUCUCACUUCCUGUAGAAUUCUUUUCUUUUUUAAAAUAAUUAACCAUGACAUUCCUCAUAGCUUUGUCACUAUCCUCUGGAGCCCCCGUGCAUGAUGUAGACGUAUUAAUAGGUUGAUGCAGACAUCUCUUCUUCAGGUAAACGUCCUUGGAUGGGAUCAGAAGAGAGAGAUUUGUGGAAUGGGAAACUUUAGUAAAGACUUUAACUUGGUCCUUUCAGGCUUAAUGCACCAAAUUCUGGGGAAAGAUCUUGCAUUCUAUAUUCACGUUACACACACACGCACGCACGCACGCACGCAACGGUCACUUUCUUCCUAAAAAGUACUUCAAGUGCUGUGAAUGACCUGUCCAGUCCAAAAUUGCCCAUUCAUAUUUGUAAGCACAGGGACCCUACUCGAGGGUGGAGAGUAAAAAGGGGUUAUCUGGGGAAAUACGUCCUCUUAAGAAACAGCAAGCUGUUUCCUUGAACGUUUAAAAGGUUUGGUGGGGUGGGGCUGGGGUAAAAAAAUUAAUUCCCUAGUGCAUUCAUAUUGUUGAAAAUGGAGCAUUGCUUUGGUAAACUUAGCAGAUGAGAUCUUUAUUUCCUACCUUUUAAAAAGAGAACCACUCUUCAAGCAUAUUUAUAGUGAUUGCUGCAUUUCAUACACAGUCAUCUCUGCUGUGGGUCCUCUGCAGUGUACAUCUCAGUGCAGGGACUCGGUCAGCAGAAAAGCUGGGCCGUACUCUGCCUCAGCGCCUAGUAAUUUCAGUGGGGCUUUUGCAGGAGAGAGGUGGCCCUUUCGUUUGAAGCCGUCCUAGCUUCACGUCCAACAUCACUGCAGUGAGCCUAGUUUCCAAACUCUUUGUUCUCUGGUUAUGCCCGACUUCCCAAUCAGCACUGCUUACCUGAGGGCAAUGACAGCUGCAGCCACAUAGUUACGAGUAUUAAGGACCAAAUCCUGCCAACCUGGGAAAAGGCCAGUUGGCUUGAUCUGCGGAGGGUAAUUUCACAGCGACUCCUGCAUCCCUCUCCCUGGGACGGGCAGGCAAGACAUGUGCUGUGCGUUGAGACUGGUGAUCUGUGCACACCUUCUGCUCUGUUGUCGCCCACAUUUGUGCUCUUUUAGAAGCCUGUGGGAAGAGGGUGGCAUAUUGGCUCUCUUCUCUGGCAACAACAUGACAACUAUGCAGUGCAUUUCAUUGUGUGGUCCUUGCUGGAAUGGGGUUGAGUACAGGCCUCGGAUUCCUCCAUAACCAGAGGAGUCUCUCUUCCCAUGCAACUGCCCUUGAUUUUAAGAACUUAAGUAAGAUGCAGGGUGUCCAGAGGCCAUCCCAAGUGUAGGGUGCUUCUACCGGAUCACCAGAGCUGUAUAGCUGGGUCAGCAUUCAGAGGAAGCAUCUGAGGAAUCUCUUCUCCGUCCCUUGCUGCUUGCACAGGUGUUGAAUAUCAUUAGAAGGAAGCUAACCUUAGAGACCUGCGGAACAAUAGAUUUGUACACUGAUACUCCAUGCUUUUAAGUAUCUGGUACUGGUUUACAAAAGGCAGCGUGUCUUUUGGUUCUCCCGAUUUCUCUUGUUCUUGGAACAACCCUUGUGCAAGGUUGUUCCAAUAAGAAUAGUGUUGUCUCCUUUUAUUGUAUGGUGCAUAAUCUUUUUCUUUGCUUUUUAAAAUUGGGUAAUUUUGUUUCCGUACUGUUCCUGAACGUGCUAGGCGUAUGUUUAGUGGCCAGCAAAUUCACUGUGAACCAGGUUUACCUCAGCCUUAUUCCCUCUUGCAAGGACUUCAACAAGCAUUUCUUUUUCUCCUGCUGUUGAAGUGGGAAAUAGACUUAAAGGGUCAUUCCGGUGUGCCAGGGACCUUCGAUGUUAUUGGACUACAACUCCCAUAAUCCCCUUUGACCACUGUAGCUGAGGAGGAUGAGAGUUAGGCCGCCAGAUGUUGUUGGGCUAUAACUCAUAUCAUCCCCAGCCACAGUGGCCCAAGGGGUAGAUGGGAGUUGUAGUCCAACAACUUCUGGGCACCCAAGUUUGAGCACCUCCUGCAGUAUGCUUAUUGGGUGGUACAAACUAGAUUUGUUAAGUUAACUGGCUUCCUUUGUGCAUGCUGGCAACGGAAGACCAGCUGUGACCCACAGAAGGGGUCCAGCCAUUGGAGUUAUUUAUCCCGUAAUGCCAGCUGUGCAGUUUGUUGGCUUCUUCUAGGGUUCAAGAAGGGACGUAACACUGUCUUUGGAAUAUUUGAGGUUCAGGUAGCGAGGCCUACAGAGCAAACCUCUGUCUUCAUGAAAGCCUUAAUUUUCCUUGUAUCCUCUCUCUCUAUUGGCCUUACAUUAUUUAUUCUCCAGGUAAGAGAUCAGAACUAUGCCCACUUCCCGUAAACCUUGCACCCAGUAGAAGGACUCUAUAAGAUUUACGGUUGAAAGCUUUUCCUCAGUUCACAAGUCUUGUCUGCCUAUGGAGAGGAAAGGCCUCUCUGGCUAGGUUCCGAAUGCCCAACACUUCCAACCACUUCCAUUGCUGCACUUAAAACGACACACUCGAGUCGCCUCAGCCAGAACGUAGCAUCGGAACAGUGCGUAUCUGGGUAAACACAACCCCUUGCGUGCAGCCUUUCCUCACAUGAAUAGAGGGCAGGUUCAGACGACUUGCUUGCAAGUAAGGUAGAGGCCAUCAAAGGUUCCCCGGCAAGCAAGCACACUUGGUACAAGCCAGUACUUCAGUUCAUGUCCAUGUUGUCCCAGCCCAACAUGUUGGGUUGUCAGUGAUGGGUUCCCUCUCACCUGACACUGGCCACUCAAUUUCAAAUGCUGGUUACAGAUGUCGGGUGGCAGAGGCAACCCAACAUUUCCAGGUUCGGAUGACAGAGAAAUGCACAAACGUCCUGGCACAUGCGAGGAGUGUGUGCAUGCUCGCCAGGAACCUCCAGGUUCCUGUGCCUUAAUUGCAGCAGCUCAGCUGAACCUGCCCAUCGCACAUGGCAUGCACCAUUCCAAAUUGCCAGCUUCCAGGUCAGUACAUAAUUUAGGGUCCACUGGGCUAGAAAGUGCUAUACAACGGCACUCCAACCUAGGCCAUAGACGGAAGCAAUGGCAUUCAGAAGCUUGAAGGAGCAGAGACAAUCGCCUUGUUCUCCCGUACAUUGUGCAACAAAAGGACACUUCUGUCUGGAGCAGCUGGUAGUUUCCCCUGCUAAAUUCUUCUUCCCCCACUUCCCACCCCACUCCAAGAAAGCCAUAAAAUUAACUAUGCAGUCCUGAUCAUGCGCUGUGGUUAAUUUUGAAACACGCUUAACUAUUAGGGGAAAAUCCUGUCCCUUGUGUAUAAAUGAGAAGGCAGGUGUUCGAACCCGACCACAGCACACCAGGAAGAGAGGUAAGCUCCAUUGGUCUGGUGGUCGUCUUGUUGGGAAGGAAGGUGUUAGGUAUCACCCAGAGGUUCUCAGAACUUGGGUUCCCGGUGUACUACAACUCUUAUCAUUCCCAGCCGCAAUGGCUUUGAAUGAUGGGAGUUGUAGUCCCAACAACAUCUGGGGACACAUGGUCCGAGAGCCCCGGUAUAACCCAACAAGUAAGGAAUGUUAACUAUCAGCCAUAAAUUCUAGCCCUUAUCAGCAGUCGUGAGCUGACAUAUUAUCUAAAUGUACCCGUGGGUUCUAGCAUCUCUUGCUACUCUCUGCCUUCCUCUUCAUUGCUCUUCGCUGAAUUUUCAGCAGAACUUUUUCCCUUCUCCACCUCUGGCAAUUCAGACUCGCACGUUCAGUUCCAUUUAGUGCACACGUACCGUGCGGGUUUGCAUGGCUGCCUCGAGCAGAACCAGGCCCUGCUCAUUGUGGGCACCUAGCUAGAGAAUGACACAUCCUUGGAUCUCCUCUCUAGCUGUCCAUAAGAAUGUCUGGAUCAGGUUAAAACGAUAUGCAGAUGACAGUGAAAACAUUGUGCCUGUGUCUUCAGAGACAUAAUCGGGGGAGGGGGCAUGUUGCUACAAGGGGGUCACAACGGAAAUUGCACAGUGGUAGUAGAAAUUGCCACAGGGAGCCAAAAUCCACUUGAAACAAUAAUUGUUCCUCUUCCUAGUUCUAGAUCCUCGUGUGUGCCCUUUUCUUUUUGUAUUCAUCUCAUUCGGUACGUUGGUGACUGCCAUGUGGCAUUGUGUCAGGGAAACAGCGUUGUAGGCUUCUGGGAUUCCCUUUACUUUGUUCAAAAUGGUGUCGGCAUAACAUUUUCCUCCAGAAUCGUGUACUAUGGAAACUGAUGUGAUGGGCAUGGUACAGUUUUUAAUAUGUGCUCAAUAACGUCAGUGUCUACAGUAAGUUCUAUAUUGUAUAGUUCCCGUGCAAAGCAAACUCAAAGCUGGUUGUUGUGCAGUUUCUUUUCCUGCUGUGGACAACUUGAGUCAUCUUUCUGCCCUGAGCCACAUGAGAGAACCAUCCCAGAAAGAUGUGGGUGAUCUCCAGGUCUUUAAUUUAUAAUAGUGUCUUAUUUUUUACUUCUGUGUGUGAGAACUGGUGUAAAAUGUAUAUGCUGAUGAACUCAUCUUUUCUGUAAAUAUUUCUGUGGCAUCCCACUCGCACCCAUCCCUUUGUAAAUAUUUCGAUUCUCAUUUUCUCCACACUAUGUAUGAUGCGGAUGUGUUUGGUUUUUUUUUCUUUUUUUCUCUUUUCUCUUUUCUUUCUUUUUAAUUUGUACUGUAAUGCUAUGAUCAGACUUGAGGUGUCUUGUGCUAUAAAAAACAAACAAACAAACAGUCCCACAGAGCUCAGAUGUACAAGUCAACAAUUAAUGAAGCCAGGUUAAAACUCUA